CAGUCUUUCACGUGAUUCAUUCAAUUUUGGUUUCCUCCUACUCUUUGUCUUUGAGGAAUCAUCAAUCAUUAACUGAAAAAUAGCGUCUGCGUCCCACUCGUGCUCUCUUGUCUUCCUACCUGUCCUCGAUUCAUUCGACUUCUACCUUUUUUUUUUGGCCACCUUAUCCCUUUUACUCCCUAAAUUGAAAAACUAUUGAGUAGUGCUAUUUCUAUUUGGAUUUUGUCAGGUGAUCACUUUCGCUUUCCUCUUCCAACCAUUGACAUCAAAAUUUGGGCAAUAACCAUCGGGUAACGCAUCGUUUUUGCCAGGUCUUCAAUCUCACCAAAAGCUCUUUCUAUCAAUAUAAUGCCGGAACAAGUAGCCUGUACGACCGGUGCCGUGCCCGUGUCCUCUGGUGAGUUUGAUGGAACCACAUGGGUGGCAGAAACAGCGCUUGUUGCGGGAGCAUCAGAUGUACCCGCGAUUACGGUAAUUGACACGGAACAACAACUACAAGGAGGACAAGAAGAACCACAUCAAGAUCAACGGUCGUCUUCGUCUACUGUUGAAGUAGACACUUCAACGUCGUCCACACUGCUCCUGGGCGGUAACAACAUGAUACCUUCCCCCAUCGUGCUUGUUCCGCCUCGAGGUCGUGAGGAGGGAAUCGAUCCUACAAGUCAGCCACAAAACGAGGGUCAAGGAGCCGGCGCCCUUUGCUUACCCGCUGUUCCUGCCGACCCUGCCAGGAGCACUGAAGAAGCUACCGAUCAUGAUCCUGCUCAAGGAGGCACACCAGCAGAUGUGUCUGGCACCUCCUCGCUCGCCAUUCGCGGUGGCCGCAGUCCGCCCGGAGCCUCCGCUGAAGAUCUGACGCCCCUUUCUACCUCAUGGCACCUAAGCCACUUCCUCUUCCUAGCAGUAGUAUUUAUUAUCAAUCUUUCUUGUAAGAUCAUACUUUAAACAAGAAUACUUACUUCUUCAUUACUUCAAGGAACUAAUUAUAUCUUCACAACCACUAAUCAAUAUCUGCUUCGUCUUCAUCCGGAGCAGCAGUAAAAUAAGAACUCAGUGGAUAUUGUAAGAAUCAAAGAAGGCAAUGGUAAGAAAAUGUUCAAGCAACGACUUGAACUCGAUUAAUCUCGUUGAAGGACACGGGUGGACCAUCAAACAAGUUCUCCUCCGGCAUCUGCCUUCCUUGCUGGACCGUCUAAUCUUUGUGUGUCUUCCUCCUCAUUCUACGGAUGUCAGAGGAAGGGCGUGCGAUUUCCAAGCCACUCCCAGUCCGCCGCGUAGCGCUGCGGCAUUGACACCCGAAGAGCCACCAUCCACUAGUCCUGUGCGACCGACGUCAUUGCAUUUGAUGGAGCCCAGUUUUCGCCAAUCAUGUGAACAAUCUCCGGGGCCUAACCAGGAGGAGAAGCGGCGCACAACUAGCACAGAGUACUUUAAGAUAGCGUCUUUGACGAGCAGCUCAAACGAGGCUGCUGGUGGAGCUGGGAAAAAUGACGCAGCACUAGCAGUAGCGAUAGAGGAGAUAGAUAGAGAUGACAAGGACCAAAAAAGGGACUCGAGUAAAGCAGCAAAAGAAAAACAGGUCGUUGUGAAAGAUGUAGAAGAUGAUCAGCAAUACGAACAAAACUACAAGAAAAACAAGCAGGUGGGCCAGGGUGUAGAGUACUACAACAUUGCGUCGGUCAAUUCGGUGGCAAAUACGACCUCUUCCUGCUCGCUCAAUUCCAUGGAGCAGACGUUUGACGUGACAAAUCAGCUUGCAGCGAAGGCGGAAAAGAUACUGACGACGGAAGAUAUCAAGAAAAGUAAAAGUUCAAUUAACAGUAACUCUGCAGGUGCUGGAGAAGCCACGACGACGCAGAAAAAGCAGAAGAAGAAAAAGGGAAAGAAAAAUCGCACGCCCAUUUUUACACCUUCAGCAAGUAGCUCGCCCUCUCCUGUGGAAGCUUCCUCGAAUACAAGGGAUCACCAUCACGACUCAUUCAUUGCUGAUGGUAGUGGUACUCCCACAACAGAUGGUGUUGUGAAAAUUGGGAGCAAAAGAUCAUCACGAGGAGGAGGUCUAAGUACGAAGAAAACUGCCCAUUUGGUGUACGUAAAAAAGGGAACGCUCGUUCCCGGGCCAGUCCUUAGUGGAUCGCUCUCUUCGUCGAGUACUAGCGCUGCCAGCAGUGUCAGAUACUAUUCAAAAACCGAAAUCAACACUUCGAGUAGCACAAGCAUCCCUACGAGGAAAUCUCCUUCAAUUGAUCUGAAGGCCUCACGGGGAACGCCUGCAGCACUUGCGUCGCCUUCGCCUCGAGUGCGGCCAAUCGCAGCACCAACACCGCCAGCAUACCAGGACAGCCUGGAUCCGCUUUUCGUUUCUCCCGUGGUGCAUGUCGUCGACGAAGAGUAUGAAGAUAGCCGCGCCGCGGCACUACUCCAGGUGGACUCGCUGCUCGGCUCUUCCCUAGGAAGUUUGUACGAUAUGCCUGAGUCGCUUGCUGGAGGAGCCAGAAGUAGAGUUGACGAAGAUCAAGAUGCUCUUGUUGGGGUGAUGACUUCACUUUCAACUUCUCUAGGAGGACUUGACCAGCAUGCGGACAAGAACAAGCAUAGCUUGGCUGGAAUGGACGAAAUAGAUGAAGAUCAUUGCUCGUUGCGCGGUCUGGGUGAUAGCUUGAGUGCCAGCCUUGGAGGGUCCACUUGUUAUGACAGCCUUUGGCAGAUAGAGCAAGAACUCAUCCUGAACAACCCGCUAGGUUUUUAACACCUGGGAUUCAUUGUCGAAAGCACAUUCCAUUAUAUGCAAGCAUUUUAUUUGUCGCAGCAAAUAAAUUCAUGUUCAUCAUUCUUGUCGGCUACAAUUUGUUAGAGCUCGUCUAAUUGCGUACUGAGCAAGAAGGAAGAUCCGUGCGUGAGUCGCGUUUAGAUCGUAAUCCGACUGCGGAGCUACUGGAGGCGCAUUUCCAGCAGUCGUCCGAGAUGCCUCCGGCACCACAGAAGAGUGUGGUUCUACGGCUAUCCGGUGCUCGACUGGUGACGCCAGGUGUCGCAUCUAACAAUGGCUCGCCUGAGGCGAAUGGUGGCAGUUCGUCUUCUAGUGCAGGAGUCGCGUCGCGCUCGGGGUCCUCCUUAUCAUCUAAAAAGACUGUAGUCGCAGGUGGGGUAGGUGGUGGUCCUGGAGCAGGUGUAAGAAAAACGAGUUUACCUAAGUCGCCAUAUUCCGCCAAAGCGAAAAAGGCAGCAGCGCUGCUUCGAAGAGCAGCUGCGAUCUCGUCUGGUGAGCCAAGCAUUUCAACGUGGGCGGCCGAAUCGACAUCCACUACAACGUCUCGCGAAGAUCAGCAAGGUGGAAGGAGCACGAGCAAUGUCAGUCUGAACAUUUUCAGUUCUACCACCCAGACUCCCUCGACGACGAUGUCCCAAACAUUAAACACUCCGAGGAACAAUCCUGGUAGUGUUGGUGCGGCGACUGCGGUGCGUCCUUCCGAGACCCCAACAACAACUGGUCUUGUAGGAGGCAAUGUUCCGGUUGUCGACACGGAGACGAAUGCCGCGCCUUUUCACAAACAGCGCAAAUACGAUGACGCACGCCGCAGAUUGAGUGGUACUCUGUUGAAAAUCACACCCGGUCACGAUACAGCAGUGUCGAAGCAAUCUAAAAAUUCCCUUAAGACGACCGCUACUGUGAGCACAGUCUCAAGUCUGCUCGCGAGGAAACCCGCGCUUGCAGCUGCAAUGAAAAUCACAAAAGCAAACAGUACUACAACGACUGCUACAACAAGGGCGAAAGCACUUCUAGAGCACGAAAAACAUGACACUCACAUGCGCAGCCACCAGCAACGGAAUACUAGUGAUAGCGUCCUUGUUGGAGAACAAGAGGCUGAUGUUGUACUUCAACAGCCUGGUCUGUCGCAUUCGGAUUCAGUUGAACUCAGGUUAUCAAAUCUGACACCGAGCACCUCCCUACAAGAAUCGCCACGAUCAUCAGCUGCAGCACCGUCUCCACCUAGAAGUUGUGGAAAGAAUCGAGAUGGGACCGAGAAAGCUCGUUUGUUGAGAGGUGUGCAGAGUCCACGAAAUUCUUAUCGCGCAACUUCGCCAUCGGCACGCAGAUCUUCAGCACAAGGCUCCUGCUUUGGCGGUACUCAUUUUCCCGAAUACUAGACGCAUACUUGAAGUUGAUCUUCUGCUCCUCCAAAUUUAUUUAUCUAAUUUUACUACGCUAAUCAAAUUCAAACAAAAAUAGCUUGAUACGAUUUUCUGAAAUUAUCCUGAAAAAUGUCAAUUCUUUUCAAUCCUCUGACUCUUUUCCAGCACUUGACCACCGUCAACCUAAAUCAGAUGAGUCCGAUACAACGAGUAGCAGCAAAGGUGUUCCGCACAAGAAACAAUCAUCGUCAUCGAAACUCCUCGUGAACAAUAGCGAAGAAGAUUUUGUCAACGUCAGCACUGCUGUGGCCGCUAGGAGGAGCUUCUCCUGGACGAAGUGGUCGGUGGGAGUGCUUGGGAGUUAUCUCGUAGUGCUUUUUUGCGUCGGUCCACGACCGACAGCGGAAAAUCAGACGGUCGUUUAUCGCAGUAUGCUACGAAAUCAUUUGACAGCGUGCGUCUCUGUUCCUGUUGCUCCUGUGCAGAACGCAACGGUUUCUGCCACGGGUUUUUACCAAACUAGUACAAGUGGAACUGCCGAUCUUUUCCAGAAAUUUCUAGGAUCUUCUUUGCGAAAAAGCCUGCCUUUCCUGCGCAUAGGAAGCGGUCUUUUCAACGUUAUGGCCUGAAACUACUUGUACUUAGUUUAUCUUUUUGUAGUAGUGGUCAUUAGAACAAGACGGAUUCCGUCUUGUUCUAAUGACCAACCAGAACUAAUUAUGCAGCUGGCUCUGAACUACAGUCCAGGUGUAAUUUUCUUCUUUGUAGUUGUUCUUCUUGUUCGAUUGUUCUCGAUGGUGAGACGAGCUCUAAAACUUGCACCUCCGCCCUCACGUCGACGCAACGUGCCUUGAAGGAAGGAAGAGAUCAGAAAGUAUCAGCUCAACCGCGAUCGGGUAGUCCGUGUCUUGGUUUAGAGUCACCAGCUACGCAAAGUAGGAUGCUCUUGGAUUCGACUGUCACGCUGUUCAUGACCUCGAAACAACACAUACGACAUGCUGGACACACCGUGCCUCACCAAUCAGAGAAGAUUAUAGAAGACGACUUCUUGUACUUGGAAGGGAUUGAAGAUGAUCUAGCCACGACAUCUGGCGAAGAUUCCUCCUUUUCUAGUAGUUCUAUGUCGCGAAAAAAUCUUCUGCAUACUAGUUGUAGUUCGAGUGCUGCAAGUUGUUCAAAGAUGAAAAGUAAGAUAAAUUCCACUACUCCAACUACAUCAUCUACUAAUGCAACAACAGAUGGACGAAAUGAUGCACCACUUGUCCUUUCAUCAUCGAGAUCUUCAACAGCAGGCUCCUUGGUGAACAGAAGUGAUCUUCAAGUUCAACAUAGUAGGACAAACGAAACGGCCACCCUGAAGGGGACAGCUCGCGAUAUAAUCGAGAAGAAGCACCAGAGCGCGUGGUCGAAUGUUGUCGAUGUUGAUAUGCGAAACGCUUCGAAUUUAGAAAGUCAGGCGUCUUCACCAGCGACUUCGAAGCGAGCAAUGUCUUCGACUUCGACUGCAGCAACAUAUUACCAGGGACAAGGAAGACGAGGAAUAUCAAAGGUACUAUCUCGUCCUGCCUCCACUAGUACAACAAAAGAGGAAGUCGAAGUCCUGCUCGACGAUUCGGCCUCCUCUGGACACGCUGUAGCAGAAGAGACUUUGCAGGAUGAGCCAGUCGCUCUCGAGAAGCAAGUUCCAAACAAGGAAAUGUUACCGCAGUGGGUCUGGAUGUCGGCGUCAUCCGUGGUCUCUGUCGCAGCAACAAUCACAGCGCAGACACUCUCGCGAGCCCGUGGUGCAUGAAGCGGCCCAGACUUCUUGCACGAUGAUCUAAUAAGUUUAGUACUUGUAGUAGUGGUGUCUACUUAUAUUUAUGGUUAUAAUAUGGUCUUCCUGCUCCUGCAGCUGACGGUCGAAGGAGAAGUUGAAGAACACGCUAAGCACACGCAGACAGAGUACAGAAUCUUGCGGUCUAACCUUUGAUGAUUGGAAAAUACAAUUUGAAUAGCUCAUCAUAAUGUGUAUGUCGUGCGUAAGCAAAAAGGUUUCUCCGGUUCCACAUGCUUACUUACAACUUGAUGUUAUAAAUCAUGAAAAUGUUGGACGCAAAACUAUGCUAUAGUAACAAAGGCUUGUUCCGGAUGUGCAUAGAUUGAAACCCCCACGACCAACAGAUAGAUUGUCAUAUGCUUUUUAGUAUGUUGAUUGGUUGUCGUCGUGCAUGUAGUUAUCUCACACUUCCACUUGGUAAUGUGAUGAACCCGUCGUGCGUUUCUUAGACGUUGGGUCACAGUUUUAUUUUUGAUCUACCUCAUGCUCAUAACUUCAUUAUUUAUUUGAUUUACCGGUUCGUGAUCGUGCUUUUUGCUUGGGAAUGCGACCUACUUGAUUCCGCCAGACAUUCGAUCCAUUUUUCAUUUCUUCGCAGCAUGCACACGCUUUUGCAGUUAUGUCAUUUCGAUCAUGUCCGUUCUCGCUCGAUGUUGUUUUUUUGUAACAGCUACAUACUCACCUGGCAUUUAUUUUUACCUCACGUGUAUAGGCACGCAUUGAAGGGCGUUUCUGAGUUUCGUCCAUUUUUUCUGUUAUCGUAACAUAUGUUGGUAUUAUCACAUAUAGGCUUUUGUUGACAAAUUGAGUCAUUUUUGACACAAAAACAUGAAAAAUGCCAUCAUUCCAUCCCCGGUGCAGGAUCAUGAAAGUACUAUACUAGGAUCAUGAGAGCGCCAAAGAAAGGAUGAAACAAGUGUGUAAAUCAGAUGUUUGCUGAUAAAGUAUUAGUAUUCCAACAUAUUUAUCAUGUAUUUUUUCAGCCACUGCCGCAAUGAAGGAUUGAAGGAGCCAUCUUCAUCUCGACAAAUGAAAAGAAAGACAAGAAAGAGUAUAUAUCUUCUUGUCGCAAUUGACACAAAGAGUACAUCGAUCGUGAUUUCAGUGCAGUUGAUGCUAGCAUGACGCGCACGGUCCUCAGACUGGCUCGCGUCAGUCAC